CUCUGUCUCUAUCGGGAAAUUGAUUUUUUACUCUUGAAUCCCCCAUAAACAAGCUUGCAUUCAACCCAACAUGCGCCUCGCGUUAACCGUAUUCUCAGCCAUCUCCUUGACCUCAUUAUCCAUUGCCACCCCUUCUGCUCCGCAACUUGCCUCGGCCGAUGUCCUGUACUGGCCCGUGACCUCUUCUCAGCCUUCCUCGCUCGCUCGCAUAUCGUAUGAUGUGACGUCGCUGACAUCAGACGUGAUAUCCUUCUCCCCUCCGAAUCCCGUCGAUCACAACAACAAACAGCAGAGCGAGAUCCGAGAUCAGAAUGAGGAUCUAGUCCGCGUUGGCCUGUACAUCUCUACUCCAGAAAAUUCCAGGCAAUGGGUCGGUACUCUCACAACGCGUUCCUCCCUGGCCGGUAACGGCGGCAUAGGGCCAACGCUUCGACUUCAUCUAGAUCCUUCCGACAACGAGGUCUACCAAGUCUCCGUAUUGCCACCAUUGUCCGCUACAAAUGCUUCAGGCACUGUGAAUCCUACCAUUGAGCUGGUUUCCAGUGAAGUAGGACCCUAUCCACAUCUCAAUCGCCCUAUUGUGGUUGGCCCAGAUGGUAAAAACUCUGAGGAACUUAUCGAGAAGACUUUCUUCCAGAAGUAAGUAUAUAAAACCCUUCGCCCCCAAGUACCAUAUCGAAUUUUCGUCAUCAAUUAUAAUCUAACCUGUUCAAACCCUGUCUAGAUAUUGGUGGGUAUUCCUCGUCAUCACCUUCCUGGCGAUGUCGGGCAGCGCAGAGGGGCAAUAAACUGAAUCAUAAUAC